AUGUUCACCGGCUACAACAACAAGAAGCGCGUGACCGAGCGCUAUAAAAUCGUCGGCUUCAUCAGCAGCGGCACCUAUGGGCGUGUCUACAAGGCUGAGGGCCGCAACGGUCGCACCGGCGAGUUCGCCAUCAAGAAAUUCAAGCCGGACAAGGAAGGUGAGCUGCAAUACUCGGGCAUCUCGCAAUCAGCCAUACGCGAAAUGGCCUUGUGCACUGAGCUUGCCCAUCCAAACGUGGUCCAUACUGCAGAGAUUAUCCUAGAAGACAAGUGCAUUUACAUUGUCUUCGAGUAUGCCGAGCAUGAUCUUCUGCAAAUUAUCCAUCACCACAACCAACCUCAGCGCCAAGCCAUCCCUGCUCGUACCAUCAAAUCCAUUCUGUACCAACUACUGCAAGGCCUCGUCUACCUGCACAGGAACUGGGUCAUGCACCGAGAUCUCAAGCCAGCAAACAUCAUGGUCACCAGUGCAGGUAAGAUCAAGAUUGGUGAUUUGGGUCUCGCCCGCUUGUUCUACAAACCACUGCAGUCGUUAUUCUCCGGCGAUAAGGUUGUCGUGACGAUAUGGUAUCGCGCGCCUGAGCUGCUGCUUGGUAGUCGUCACUACACACCUGCAGUCGAUUUAUGGGCGAUUGGGUGCAUCUUUGCCGAGUUGCUCUCCUUGCGGCCCAUCUUCAAAGGAGAGGAGGCCAAGAUGGACAGCAAAAAAACUGUCCCAUUCCAGCGAAACCAAAUGCAAAAGAUUGUCGAGAUCAUGGGGAUGCCGACUAAGGACCGCUGGCCACUUCUAACUGCUAUGCCUGAGCAUCCUCAGCUCUCGUCUCUCCUAUCAGGCAAUGCCUCACGCUUUCCGCGUCCCCAGAGCGGCGAUGGAUUGGAGCGGUGGUACCACCAGACACUCAAUAACAACCAAUAUCCAAUCGGCUCUGGGCCGGACACGCCUGGACCAGAGGGACUCUCUCUCCUCAAGCAACUUCUCGAGUACGACCCUCAGAAACGACUCACGGCAGAAAAAGCGCUGUUACAUCCAUACUUCACCAUGCACGGAAAGCCCGCUGAAAGCUGUUUUGAGGACUCCAAGGUUAAGUAUCCAGUCAGGAGGGUCAGCCAAGAAGACAAUGACAUGCGUACAUCUAGUCUGCCAGGUACUAAGAGAAGCGGGCUCCCAGAUGACUCCAUCAUGGGCCGUCCUGCAAAGCGACUUAAGGAGGGCUGA